AUGUUCGUGAUUGAAGCUUAUCGAACGCUACGAGACCGUAGGCCUUACCCCACCGAUCAGGUCAUCAAAGAUCUUGAAGGAAGUUUCGCAUUUGUUAUCUACGAUAGUAAAUCCGGAACUGUUUUCACUGCACUAGUAAACUUCCAUAUUCAUGGUUCACAAGACUCUGUUUUUCUUUUUAGUUUGUUUCACCUACCAAUUGGUUCAGAUGGAGGAGUAAAGUUGAAUUGGGGAAUAGCUGCAGAUGAAUACCAUGGAAACACUAAAAUGGAAGGGAUUAAACAUUUCACAGGAAGAAGACGAGCCUUUGUUCAAACUGAAUCCGGAUGUGUCUUUGGAAUGGAGCUAGAUCAAAGUGAUAAUGCUUAUACAGUCAAUAGAAGGUUACAAAUAACUGUCAGUCUCCUGAUUGAAAAAAGUUCUUUAACUUUUGGAGACAUGGUUUUAAAAAUCGUGAUCAGAUAA